AGAGAGAGAGAGAGAGAGAGAGAGAGAGAGAGAGAGAGAGAGAGAAAGAAAGAAAGAAGGUGGUGCUGGCAGUGUUCCGCCUCUAAUCCUAACGGAAUCGAGGUGCGAGCCCUUCUUCGGGGACAUGGGAUUACAAAACGGCUGUUGACCCUCUUCCUGCCUAGCGCCCAGGCAGGGAGAGCCUUUGGGCAAUAAGGUGCUGACCCACUGGACCGGGAAGAUUAAGCCAUUCAGGUUAUCAGCACCCCAGUUUGGGAGUGCUGGGGGAGGCGGAGUGAUUAGCCUGGGAUAGAUCAUCAAGGAAGACAUGUCUGACAAGAUGUCUAGUUUCCUACAUAUUGGGGACAUUUGUUCUCUAUAUGCAGAGGGAUCGACGAAUGGAUUUAUCAGCACCUUGGGCCUUGUGGACGAUCGAUGUGUCGUGCAACCAGAAGCAGGAGAUCUUAACAACCCACCCAAAAAGUUCAGAGAUUGCCUGUUUAAGCUCUGUCCUAUGAAUCGCUACUCUGCCCAGAAGCAGUUUUGGAAAGCAGCCAAACCAGGAGCCAACAGUACAACAGAUGCAGUGCUCCUCAACAAACUGCACUUUCAGGAAAAAGGACACUGUGAGCCUUUGAAAAAUAUGCAUGCUGCAGAUUUGGAAAAGAAACAGAAUGAGACUGAAAACAGGAAGCUCCUGGGAACAGUUAUCCAAUAUGGCAAUGUCAUCCAGCUUCUGCAUUUGAAAAGUAACAAAUACCUUACGGUUAAUAAGAGGCUUCCAGCCCUGCUGGAGAAGAAUGCUAUGAGGGUGACCCUGGAUGAGGCUGGCAAUGAGGGAUCCUGGUUUUAUAUUCAGCCGUUCUACAAACUGCGUUCCAUAGGAGACAGCGUUGUCAUUGGGGACAAGGUAGUUCUGAACCCUGUCAAUGCUGGACAGCCUCUUCAUGCCAGCAGUCACCAGCUAGUGGAUAAUCCAGGUUGCAAUGAGGUCAACUCUGUCAACUGUAACACAAGCUGGAAAAUAGUACUUUUUAUGAAGUGGAGUGAUAAUAAAGAUGACAUACUGAAAGGGGGUGAUGUGGUGAGAUUAUUCCAUGCAGAGCAGGAGAAGUUUCUGACUUGUGAUGAACACAGAAAGAAGCAGCAUGUUUUCUUGAGAACAACUGGCAGGCAAUCAGCCACUUCUGCAACUAGUUCCAAAGCUCUGUGGGAGGUCGAGGUAGUUCAACAUGAUCCUUGCCGGGGUGGAGCAGGAUAUUGGAAUAGCCUCUUUCGUUUCAAACACCUUGCUACUGGGCAUUAUUUGGCAGCAGAGAUGGAUUCCGAUCAGGAUGCGUCCAGAAGCAGGUUGCGAAAUGCACAGGAGAAGAUGGUGUACUCUCUGGUAUCUGUGCCUGAAGGAAACGAUAUCUCCUCCAUCUUUGAGCUGGAUCCCACCACUUUGCGUGGGGGUGAUAGCCUUGUCCCAAGGAAUUCCUAUGUCCGGCUUAGACACCUGUGUACUAAUACUUGGGUCCAUAGUACCAAUAUUCCCAUUGACAAGGAAGAAGAGAAACCUGUGAUGCUUAAAAUUGGCACCUCUCCCGUGAAAGAGGACAAGGAAGCUUUUGCUAUAGUACCAGUUUCUCCCGCGGAAGUCCGGGACUUGGAUUUUGCCAAUGAUGCGAGCAAAGUUUUGGGCUCCAUUGCCGGAAAACUGGAAAAAGGGACGAUUACCCAGAAUGAAAGAAGGUCUGUAACCAAGCUCCUAGAAGAUUUAGUCUAUUUUGUUACUGGUGGAACAAAUUCAGGUCAAGAUGUACUAGAAGUGGUUUUCUCUAAACCCAAUAGGGAACGACAGAAGCUGAUGAGAGAACAAAAUAUCCUCAAGCAGAUUUUCAAACUGUUACAGGCCCCAUUUACAGACUGUGGCGAUGGACCGAUGCUGAGGCUGGAGGAACUUGGAGACCAGCGACAUGCUCCUUUCCGACACAUCUGCCGGCUCUGUUACAGGGUUUUAAGACACUCGCAGCAAGAUUACCGAAAGAACCAGGAAUACAUAGCUAAGCAGUUUGGCUUCAUGCAAAAGCAGAUUGGCUAUGAUGUAUUGGCAGAGGACACCAUUACUGCUCUGCUUCACAACAAUCGCAAACUUCUAGAAAAGCACAUCACUGCUGCUGAGAUAGACACCUUUGUCAGCCUUGUGAGAAAAAACCGAGAGCCCAGGUUCUUGGAUUAUCUCUCAGACCUGUGUGUGUCGAUGAACAAGUCAAUUCCAGUGACACAGGAACUGAUCUGUAAAGCAGUUUUGAAUCCCACAAAUGCUGACAUACUGAUUGAAACCAAGUUGGUGCUUUCUCGUUUUGAAUUUGAAGGGGUCUCCACAGGUGAAAACCAUUUGGAAGUUGGGGAAGAUGAAGAAGAGGUUUGGUUAUUUUGGAGAGACAGCAACAAAGAAAUUCGCAGUAAAAGUGUCCGGGAGCUGGCUCAGGAUGCUAAAGAAGGGCAAAAAGAAGAUCGGGAUGUUCUCAGUUACUACAGGUAUCAGUUGAACCUCUUUGCCAGAAUGUGCUUGGAUCGUCAGUAUUUGGCUAUCAAUGAAAUAUCUGGUCAAUUGGAUGUCGAUCUUAUCCUUCGUUGUAUGUCUGAUGAAAACCUACCUUAUGACCUGAGAGCAUCUUUCUGUCGACUGAUGCUUCACAUGCAUGUGGACCGGGACCCGCAGGAACAAGUUACUCCUGUGAAAUAUGCCCGCCUCUGGUCUGAAAUACCUUCAGAAAUUGCAAUUGAUGACUAUGACAGCAGUGGAACUUCCAAAGAUGAAAUUAAGGAACGGUUUGCUCAGACCAUGGAAUUUGUGGAGGAGUAUUUGAGAGAUGUGGUCUGCCAGAGAUUUCCAUUCUCCGAUAAAGAGAAAAACAAACUCACAUUUGAGGUUGUAAAUUUAGCCAGAAAUCUUAUAUAUUUUGGCUUCUACAAUUUCUGCGACCUUCUACGAUUGACCAAGAUCCUCUUGGCUAUUUUGGACUGUGUACAUGUGACUACUAUUUUUCCAAUUAGCAAAAUGGCCAAAGGAGAAGAAAAUAAAGGAAGUAAUGUGAUGCGAUCUAUCCAUGGCGUUGGGGAGUUGAUGACUCAGGUUGUGCUUAGGGGAGGGGGCUUUUUGCCUAUGGCUCCCCUUGCCGCUGCCCCUGAAGGGAACGUUAAACAAGCUGAGCCAGAGAAAGAAGACAUCAUGGUCAUGGACACCAAGUUGAAGAUCAUUGAAAUUCUUCAGUUUAUUUUGAAUGUGAGGUUGGAUUAUAGGAUCUCGUGCCUCCUGUGUAUAUUUAAGCGGGAAUUUGAUGAAAGCAAUGCUCAGACUUCGGAACCAUCUUCAGGAAGCAGCAGCCAAGAAGGACCAAGCAAUGUACCAGGAGCCCUGGACUUUGAACAUAUUGAAGAGCAAGCUGAGGGGAUCUUUGGAGGAAGUGAGGAAAACACACCCUUAGAUUUGGAUGACCAUGGAGGGAGAACAUUUCUCAGAGUCCUGCUCCAUUUAACCAUGCAUGACUAUCCGCCUUUGGUGUCUGGAGCCCUGCAGCUGCUGUUCAGGCACUUCAGUCAAAGGCAAGAAGUCCUUCAGGCAUUCAAACAGGUACAACUACUAGUUACCAGCCAAGAUGUUGACAACUACAAGCAGAUCAAACAAGAUUUGGACCAACUGAGAUCUAUUGUGGAAAAGUCAGAACUUUGGGUAUACAAAGGCCAGGGCCCUGAUGAAACGAUGGAUGGGGCUUCUGGUGAAAAUGAGCACAAGAAGACAGAGGAAGGUCAUAGCAAGUCACGGAAACAUGAAAGUACCAGCAGCUACAACUACCGGGUGGUAAAAGAGAUUUUGAUACGACUUAGCAAGCUCUGUGUUCAAGAGAACGCUUCAGUCAGGAAGAGUAGAAAACAGCAGCAGAGAUUGCUACGGAACAUGGGAGCACAUACUGUCGUCCUGGAGCUGUUGCAGAUUCCAUAUGAGAAGGCAGAAGAUACCCGGAUGCAGGAAAUAAUGAAACUCGCUCAUGAGUUUCUGCAGAACUUCUGUGCCGGAAACCAGCAGAAUCAGGCAUUGUUGCACAAACAUAUAAACCUGUUCCUUAACCCUGGGAUCCUGGAGGCAGUGACAAUGCAGCAUAUAUUCAUGAAUAAUUUCCAGCUUUGCAGUGAAAUUAAUGAGCGUGUUGUCCAGCACUUCGUUCAUUGUAUUGAAACUCAUGGCAGAAACGUCCAGUACAUAAAAUUCUUACAGACCAUUGUCAAGGCAGAAGGAAAGUUUAUUAAGAAGUGCCAAGACAUGGUCAUGGCUGAGCUGGUGAAUUCAGGAGAAGACGUCCUCGUGUUCUACAAUGACAGAGCAUCUUUCCAGACUUUAAUCCAGAUGAUGAGAUCGGAACGGGACCGGAUGGAUGAGAACAGCCCUCUUAUGUACCAUAUCCAUUUGGUAGAGCUCCUAGCAGUGUGCACAGAGGGCAAAAAUGUGUACACUGAAAUCAAAUGCAACUCCCUCCUUCCCCUAGAUGACAUCGUCAGAGUAGUCACUCAUGAGGAUUGCAUCCCUGAGGUUAAAAUUGCAUAUAUUAACUUCUUGAACCACUGCUAUGUGGACACUGAAGUGGAAAUGAAGGAAAUUUACACCAGUAACCACAUGUGGAAAUUGUUUGAGAAUUUUCUCAUUGACAUCUGUAGGGCGUGUAACAACACAAGCGACAGAAAACAUGCUGACUCAAUUUUGGAGAAAUAUGUCACUGAGAUUGUGAUGAGUAUUGUGACUACUUUCUUCAGUUCACCAUUCUCUGAUCAGAGCACCACUUUGCAGACUCGUCAGCCUGUCUUCGUACAGCUGCUGCAGGGAGUAUUCAGAGUGUACCACUGCAACUGGCUAAUGCCUAGCCAAAAAGCCUCUGUGGAGAGCUGUAUAAGGGUGCUCUCCGAUGUAGCCAAAAGCCGAGCGAUUGCCAUCCCUGUAGACUUGGACAGCCAGGUCAACAACCUGUUUCUGAAGUCGCAUAACAUAGUGCAGAAGACUGCCAUGAACUGGAGGCUGUCUGCGAGGAAUGCUGCCCGCCGGGACUCAGUCUUAGCUGCAUCCAGAGAUUAUCGAAACAUUAUCGAAAGGUUGCAGGAUAUCGUGUCGGCACUGGAGGAUCGUUUACGCCCCCUUGUCCAAGCCGAGUUAUCCGUGCUUGUGGAUGUUCUCCAUAGACCAGAGCUGCUUUUUCCAGAGAACACUGACGCCAGACGGAAAUGUGAAAGUGGUGGCUUCAUAUGCAAGUUAAUAAAACAUACUAAGCAGCUGCUGGAGGAGAAUGAAGAGAAACUGUGUAUUAAAGUCUUACAAACACUCAGGGAAAUGAUGACCAAAGAUAGAGGCUAUGGAGAAAAGCUGAUAACCAUUGAUGAAUUGGAUAAUGCUGAGCUGCCGCAAUCUCCAGAAAUGGAAAACUCUGUAGAGCAGGAACUUGAUCAAAGUCUACCACUGAGGCAACUGGAAGACCAUAAAAGGGGUGAGGCACUCAGGCAAAUUUUGGUCAACCGUUACUAUGGAAACAUCAGACCUGCAGGAAGACGAGAGAGCCUUACAAGCUUUGGCAAUGGCCCGCUAUCUCCAGGAGGACCUAGCAAAGCUGGGGGAGGAGGGGGAAGUUCUGGAUCCAGUACGAUGAGUCGAGGUGAAAUGAGUUUGGCAGAUGUCCAGUGCCAUCUGGAUAAGGAAGGUGCAUCCAAUCUGGUCAUAGAUCUUAUCAUGAAUGCAUCUAGUGAUCGGGUUUUUCAUGAAAGUAUUUUGCUCGCUAUUGCUCUCCUGGAAGGAGGCAAUACCACCAUUCAGCACUCCUUUUUCUGCCGACUGACAGAAGAUAAGAAGUCUGAAAAAUUCUUUAAGGUCUUCUAUGACCGCAUGAAAGUGGCACAGCAAGAAAUAAAGGCUACAGUCACAGUCAACACAAGUGAUUUGGGAAAUAAAAAGAAAGAUGAUGAUUCUGAGAAGGAUGCACCAGCCCGAAAGAGAGUCAAAGAGCCCACUACACAGAUUACCGAAGAGGUUCGGGAUCAGUUGCUUGAGGCCACCACUGCUACCAGGAAAGCUUACACCACCUAUAGGCGAGAGGCAGAUCCCGAUGACCACUACCCGUCUGGAGAGGGAGCCCAAGCCACGACGGACAAGGGCAAAGAUGACUUGGAAAUGAGUGCAGUCAUUACAAUAAUGCAGCCCAUCCUCCGUUUCUUACAGCUGCUCUGUGAAAACCACAACCGGGAUCUGCAGAAUUUCCUUCGCUGUCAAAACAAUAAGACCAACUACAACUUGGUAUGUGAGACACUACAAUUUCUGGAUUGUAUCUGUGGAAGUACAACUGGAGGUCUUGGACUGCUUGGUCUGUAUAUAAAUGAGAAGAAUGUAGCCCUUAUCAAUCAGACCUUGGAGAGUUUGACUGAGUACUGUCAGGGACCUUGCCAUGAAAACCAGAACUGCAUAGCUACCCACGAAUCAAAUGGCAUUGAUAUAAUCACAGCAUUAAUCCUCAAUGAUAUCAACCCUCUGGGCAAGAAGAGGAUGGACCUGGUUUUAGAAUUGAAGAACAAUGCUUCUAAACUGCUCCUGGCAAUCAUGGAAAGCAGACACGACAGUGAGAAUGCAGAAAGAAUACUGUAUAAUAUGAGGCCCAAAGAACUGGUGGAAGUGAUAAAAAAGGCCUAUAUGCAAGGGGAAGUAGAAUUUGAGGAUGGAGAAAAUGGUGAGGAUGUCGCCGCAUCUCCUAGAAAUGUGGGGCACAAUAUCUAUAUAUUAGCUCAUCAGUUGGCUCGUCAUAACAAAGAACUUCAGAACAUGCUGAAACCUGGAGGUCAGGUAGAAGGAGAUGAAGCUCUGGAAUUCUACGCCAAGCACACCGCUCAAAUUGAGAUCGUUCGAUUAGACCGCACAAUGGAGCAAAUAGUCUUUCCAGUGCCCAGUAUAUGUGAGUUCCUCACUAAGGAAUCAAAACUCCGGAUAUACUACACCACAGAGAGGGAUGAGCAAGGGAGCAAAAUCAAUGACUUUUUCUUGAGAUCGGAAGAUCUUUUCAAUGAAAUGAAUUGGCAGAAGAAAUUAAGAGCUCAACCUGUCUUGUACUGGUGUUCUCGCAACAUGUCCUUUUGGAGCAGUAUUUCCUUUAACUUGGCUGUUCUGAUGAAUCUUCUCGUGGCAUUUUUCUACCCAUUUAAAGGAGUCAGAGGAGGUACGCUAGAGCCGCACUUAUCAGGAUUACUGUGGACAGCUAUGUUGAUCUCUUUGGCCAUUGUUAUAGCCCUCCCUAAGCCCCAUGGCAUUCGCGCAUUAAUUGCUUCUACGAUUCUACGGCUAAUAUUUUCAGUAGGUUUACAGCCCACGUUGUUUCUUCUUGGUGCUUUCAAUGUUUGUAAUAAAAUCAUUUUCCUCAUGAGCUUUGUGGGUAACUGUGGAACAUUCACAAGAGGAUACAGAGCUAUGAUUCUGGAUGUCGAAUUUCUUUAUCAUCUGUUAUACCUGCUGAUUUGUGCCAUGGGGCUCUUUGUUCAUGAGUUCUUCUACAGUUUACUGCUUUUUGAUUUGGUGUACAGAGAAGAGACCUUACUUAACGUCAUUAAAAGUGUCACCCGGAAUGGACGUUCGAUCAUUCUAACUGCUGUUCUGGCCCUGAUCUUGGUCUACCUGUUCUCCAUAGUGGGCUACCUAUUCUUCAAAGAUGAUUUUAUCUUAGAAGUAGAUAAGCUUCCCAAUGACACUGCAUUUCCAGAUACAGGCGAAAGCAUGGCAAGUGAGUUCCUGUAUUCUGAUGUAUGCAGGUUGGGUCAUGGGGAAAACUGUUCUUCUCCUAUCCCCACAAAAGAAUUAAUUUCUGGAGAAGAAAUUGAGGAAGAAGAUAAAGAACAUACGUGCGAGACUUUACUGAUGUGCAUUGUUACUGUACUGAGUCAUGGACUGAGAAGUGGGGGUGGAGUAGGAGAUGUACUGAGAAAGCCAUCCAAAGAGGAGCCCCUCUUUGCUGCAAGAGUGAUUUACGACCUCUUGUUCUUCUUCAUGGUGAUCAUUAUUGUCCUUAAUCUGAUUUUUGGGGUCAUUAUUGACACUUUUGCAGACUUGAGAAGUGAAAAGCAGAAGAAAGAAGAGAUUUUAAAGACCACGUGUUUCAUUUGUGGCUUGGAACGAGAUAAGUUUGAUAACAAGACAGUCACUUUUGAAGAACAUAUUAAAGAGGAACACAACAUGUGGCAUUAUUUAUGCUUCAUUGUCUUGGUGAAGGUAAAGGAUUCCACUGAAUACACAGGGCCAGAAAGUUAUGUUGCUGAAAUGAUAAAGGAAAGAAACCUGGAUUGGUUCCCUCGGAUGCGAGCCAUGUCACUGGUGAGCAGUGACUCCGAAGGAGAACAGAAUGAGCUGAGGAAUCUGCAGGAGAAGCUGGAGUCUACCAUGAAGCUAGUUACCAAUCUUUCUGGUCAGCUGUCAGAACUGAAGGAUCAGAUGACAGAACAGAGGAAGCAGAAACAGAGAAUUGGUCUUCUAGGACAUCCUCCUCACAUGAAUGUUAACCCACAGCAACCAGCAUAAAUUAAUAAAUGAAAUAAGGGGGUGGGGGGAGUAGGUCGUGUUUAAUCUUUUAGUAGUGUGGAUAAUGCCAAUGUAGGAGUGCAGAUCAACCACUAAGCUACAUCUGUGUGUUUAGUAAAUUUGUAAAUACCCAGUUUUAUACAUACUGUAUGUAUAUGAUUGCUACUCUAAAGGUUCUGGUAUAUGUAUUGUAAUUAGAAGUGUCGGCACAUAAGGUUUCACUUGUGCCAAAAAUAUCCAAAAUGCCCUUUCUUGGAAGGACUAAAGAGAGCACCUGAAUUGCACUUGAACAGGAUUCUAGAUUUAAAAGUAUGUGACAUGUAUUUUGUAUUUAAAAAUUAGACUAGCCAGUAUUUAUGUUUUUAUACAAUUGUGCAAUAUGAAUUAUGUAAUCACAAUAUAUUGGCAACUCCUGAGUGUCCUAAAGGGAGAGCUCAUCUUUGAAGCUGGUGUGUUAAUACUAUGUAAUAAAUGGUUAAAUAGCAGGCAAAUAAGGCUGCUGCCAAAUUGUAUUAGUAGUGACUUUCAGGCCCCUGGGCAUUUUGAACUAUGUAAUUAUCCUGUGGUGAUGCCAUUUCUUGUUGCUAGUGGCAUUAGUGCCUGUCUCACAGUGAUAUUGCUGUUAAAUUGGCCUCACGUUUAGUUUUAAACAUUUCUUUUAAGCUUCUAUGCUAUGAAUGUUAAAAUUUGAUGAUCAUUUCUUUAAAUAAAAGGAGUCAGGGUCAUAUUAGACCUUCAGCCUUUGGUUUGGUGAAGAGGCUAAUUUCUUAAAGGGAACUCUGAAUGCAAAUUGAGGAUGAAUGGGCAUUGCUGGCUCAUCCUAGGGGAUUUUCUGUGCCAUGUUGUAGAGAGACAAAUGGUGGUUUCUAGAGUCUCCAGGCCAAAAGCAAGAUUUAUUUUUCUUACUUCAUAACCCACAUGCUAUACCGCCUAAGAGGUUUAAGCAGAUAGUCAUUGCAACAAGUGAAAUAUGAACUAUCCUAUUAGGACGUGUAGUUGAGCACUGACAUGUACUAGUUAUGAAAGAGCCACAGUGUUUUUUGGUUUUGUUUCUUUUUUCACUUGAUCAUUUUUUUUCUUGACAGCUGAAAGUAUGAAAGGAAACUUUUUUUUUUAACAUGUUGCCUAGUUUUGUACAUGGACCUCAUUUUACAAAAAGCAAUUCCUUGGCAAACAGCAUUUUCAAAUGUCCUAGAAGCAGAGUUAUGAAAUAAGUACUAUUAAAGUUUGUAAAUGCAUAAAUGAAAGUAGAUAUUUAAUAAACGAUGUAGAACAAUA